GAGACACAGAAAAGCGGAAGGGUUUAGAGGCACCCGGGGUAGGUUUGCAUUUGUUUUGUUUCCAAAAAUUAAACAAAUGCUCCUUCAGCAUCACCUCCGCUGCUUUAUCAGUCCAACCUGUGUGUGUGGAUUGUGGAUUUCCACGAGGUUCCGGCAGGAGCUCUGCAGGAGAAAGCUUCAUAGCCUCAGCCAUGAAGGAAAGCAGUCGCCUAGGGCAUGGAGCUGGAGAACUAUGAGCAGCCGGUGGUUCUGAGAGAGGACAACGGCCGCAGGCGCUGGAGGAUGAAGCCACGCAGCACGGCGGCCAGCCUGUCCUCCAUGGAGCUCAUCCCCAUCGAGUUCGUGCUGCCCACCAGCCAGCGCAACAGCAAGACCCCCGAGAUGGUGCUGCUGCACGUGGCCGGCCACGGCAACGUGGAGCAGAUGAAGGCCCAGGUGUGGCUGCGCGCGCUGGAGACAAGCGUGGUGGCGGACUUCUACCACCGGCUUGGCCCCGACCACUUCCUCUUGCUCUACCAGAAGAAGGGGCAGUGGUACGAGAUCUACGACAAGUACCAGGUGGUGCAGACCCUGGACUGCCUGAGCUACUGGAAGGUGCUGCGCAGGAGCCCCGGCCAGAUCCACGUGGUGCAGCGGCGCGCACCCUCGGAGGAGACGCUGGCCUUCCAGCAGCAACUCACCGCCCUGAUCGGCUACGACGUCACCGAUGUCAGCAACGUGCACGACAACGAGCUGGAGUUCACGCGCCGCAGGCUGGUCAGCCCCCGCAUGGCUGAGGUGGCCGGCCGUGACCCCAAACUCUACGCCAUGCACCCCUGGGUGACAUCCAAGCCCCUCCCCAAGUACCUGUUGAAGAAGAUUACCAACAACUGCAUCUUCAUCGUCAUUCACCGCAGCACCACCAGCCAGACCAUCAAGGUCUCGGCCGAUGACACCCCAGGCACCAUCCUCCAGAGCUUCUUCACCAAGAUGGCCAAGAAGAAGUCUCUGAUGGACAUCCCCGAAAGCCAGAACGAACAGGAUUUUGUGCUGCGCGUCUGCGGCCGGGAUGAGUACCUGAUGGGUGAGACGCCCAUCAAAAACUUCCAGUGGGUGAGGCACUGCCUCAAGAAUGGGGAAGAGAUUCACCUGGUGCUCGACACGCCUCCAGACCCAGCCCUGGACGAGGUGAGGAAAGAAGAGUGGCCACUGGUGGAUGACUGCACGGGGGUCACCGGCUACCAUGAGCAGCUGACCAUCCACGGGAAGGACCACGAGAGUGUGUUCACCGUGUCCCUGUGGGACUGUGACCGGAAGUUCAGGGUCAAAAUCAGAGGCAUUGAUAUUCCUGUCCUGUCCCGGAAUGCUGACCUCACGGUUUUUGUGGAGGCAAACAUCCAACAUGGGCAGCAAGUCCUUUGCCAGAGGAGAACCAGCUCUAAACCCUUCACAGAAGAGGUGCUCUGGAAUGUGUGGCUUGAGUUCAGUAUCAAAAUCAAAGACUUACCCAAGGGGGCUCUGCUGAACCUCCAGAUCUACUGCAGCAAAGCGCCAGCACUGUCUGGCAAGGCUUCUGUGGAGUCUCCCAGUUCCGAGGCCAAAGGCAAAGCUCAGCUUCUCUAUUACGUGAACCUGCUGCUGAUCGACCACCGGUUCCUCCUGCGCCAUGGGGAGUAUGUACUCCACAUGUGGCAGAUAUCUGGGAAGGCAGAAGACCAAGGGAGCUUCAAUGCUGACAAGCUCACGUCUGCAACCAACCCAGACAAGGAGAACUCGAUGUCCAUCUCCAUUCUUCUGGACAAUUACUGCCACCCCAUAGCCCUGCCCAAGCAUCGGCCCACCCCUGACCCUGAAGGGGACCGGGUUCGAGCUGAAAUGCCCAACCAGCUUCGGAAGCAACUGGAGGCGAUCAUAGCCACUGAUCCACUUAACCCUCUCACAGCAGAGGACAAAGAAUUACUCUGGCAUUUUAGAUAUGAAAGCCUUAAGCAUCCAAAGGCAUAUCCUAAGCUGUUUAGCUCCGUGAAAUGGGGACAGCAAGAAAUUGUAGCCAAAACAUACCAAUUGCUAGCCAGAAGGGAGGUGUGGGAGCAAAGUGCUUUGGAUGUGGGGUUAACAAUGCAGCUCCUGGACUGCAACUUUUCAGAUGAGAAUGUGAGAGCCAUUGCGGUUCAGAAAUUGGAGAGUUUGGAGGACGACGACGUCCUGCACUACCUGCUGCAGCUGGUCCAGGCCGUGAAAUUUGAACCAUACCACGACAGUGCCCUUGCCAGAUUUCUGCUGAAACGUGGCUUAAGAAACAAGAGAAUUGGUCACUUCUUGUUUUGGUUCCUGAGAAGUGAGAUAGCCCAGUCCAGGCACUAUCAGCAGAGGUUCGCCGUGAUCCUGGAAGCCUAUCUGAGGGGCUGUGGCACAGCCAUGCUGCACGACUUUACCCAGCAAGUCCAAGUAAUCGAGAUGUUGCAAAAAAUCACCAUUGAUAUUAAAUCGCUCUCUGCUGAAAAGUAUGAUGUCAGUUCCCAAGUCAUUUCACAACUUAAGCAAAAGCUUGAAAACCUGCAGAAUUUUAAUCUCCCAAAGAGUUUUAGAGUUCCAUAUGACCCUGGACUGAAAGCAGGAACACUGGUGAUCGAAAAAUGUAAAGUGAUGGCCUCCAAGAAAAAGCCCCUAUGGCUUGAGUUUAAAUGUGCCGACCCUACAGCUCUAUCAAAUGAAACAAUUGGAAUUAUCUUUAAACACGGUGAUGAUCUGCGCCAAGACAUGCUUAUUUUACAGAUUCUACGAAUCAUGGAGUCUAUCUGGGAGACUGAAUCUUUGGACCUCUGCCUCCUUCCAUAUGGUUGCAUUUCAACUGGUGACAAAAUAGGAAUGAUUGAGAUCGUGAAAGAUGCCACCACAAUUGCCAAAAUUCAGCAAAGCACCGUGGGCAACACAGGUGCCUUUAAAGAUGAAGUCCUGAACCACUGGCUCAAAGAAAAAUGUUCCAUUGAAGAAAAGUUUCAGGCAGCCGUGGAGAGAUUUGUUUAUUCCUGUGCUGGCUACUGUGUGGCAACCUUUGUUCUUGGAAUAGGCGACAGGCACAAUGACAAUAUUAUGAUCACAGAGACAGGAAAUCUAUUUCAUAUUGACUUCGGGCACAUUCUUGGCAAUUACAAAAGUUUCCUGGGCAUUAAUAAAGAGAGAGUGCCAUUUGUGCUAACCCCAGACUUCCUGUUUGUGAUGGGAACUUCUGGAAAGAAGACAAGCCUGCACUUCCAGAAAUUUCAGGUGAGAUGGCCUUCAAGAGAAACAGGAAGGUUACCUUCCUUUAACAUGGAUCCGUGUGCUACAGCAAUGGAUGUCUGCGUUAAGGCUUAUCUAGCCCUCCGUCAUCACACAAACCUGCUGAUCAUUCUGUUCUCCAUGAUGCUGAUGACGGGCAUGCCCCAGUUAACAAGCAAAGAGGACAUUGAAUACAUUCGGGAUGCCCUAACAGUGGGGAAAAAUGAGGAGGAUGCUAAAAAGUAUUUUCUUGAUCAGAUUGAAGUUUGCAGAGACAAAGGGUGGACUGUGCAGUUUAACUGGUUCCUACAUCUUGUUCUUGGCAUCAAACAAGGAGAGAAACAUUCAGCCUAAUACUCGGCACUAGAAUUCAAAAGCCAGUGUCCUAAAGCUUUAAAUGAGCAGCAUGUCAGUCAUCGGACUUGGAUUUAAAAUGUAAUCGGACAUUAUGAAAACUGGUGCUUCAAGAGCUAGAACUCUUUCCCUAGCCCAGAUCUUCACUGGAGACAAAUAUUGGCAUGUCUGACUGUUUAAGGAAUGUUUGGUUUUAGGCUUAUUUGCAGGUUUGUUUUUACUCAUUUGCCUCAGUGAUGUUGGAGAACAUUCUGAGUUUAAACAGACUAAUGACUUCCUCAUUGUGCCUGAUGUUUUGACUACCACAUUAUUGAGUGCUUCUAGAAAUUCUUUAGAGUAAUUGGUGGCAUCUAUUUGCAUCUGGAUUUACUCUCAACUUUGGUUAUCAUUGUGUUGCUUAAGCUGUUUUCAGAAAAAGAUGUGACCAUUGUAAUCUCUGUCUCAUUUCCCAACUGAUGCUUCCAAACAUCCCCCACUCUAUCCAGAGAGGCCAAUGAUGUGCUAAAAGCAAGGAGAGCCGGUUAGUCUUUUCAAUGUCUUUUGUAAUUGGUUCUUUAAUAGUGUACAACGGAGACACACAAAAACAAAAUGAAAAAUCUGAACCUCUGUGCCCUGGCUUUUCUCUGCUGGUCUGGUUCCCAGCUUACAAAGAGGAAAAAUAGAGAUGAGACCAUUUGUCUCAACCUUGCCCACAGAGGGAACUAUGAAGGACAAUUAUCACAGCCUUCUCCAGCACAGAAACACAAAGUAACUAAAGGGACUCAUGGUUUGCCUUUGGAUUUUCCUCCCUUUCUCCCUGCCUCCCUUCUGCCUCAAUUGCCACCUUCCUACAACUCUUUACCCAGAGUCGUGAAAUUUGCAAGAACACCUUUACCCUAGAACUCAAAAAGCAGUUGAAAAAGAAUUUCUCCUCUAGGGUUACUAGAAUUUUAGGUACUUACUUGUAAAGAUGUUAGGGGAGUUUUUAAAAAGGACAUUAUUAAAGGAGACACUCUAGAAAGUAUGGAGUAGUUUUCAAAUGCCUUAAUUUUAGAUUCUGGUCUGAACAGUUUGUUUCUUUCUUAGCGGAAGAAGAUACAUGCUAUCUAAAAAGUACUUCAAGUUAGGAAGAACACUACUGGACACCUCUCAGUUUAGAGGACUUUUAAACUUUGAUACAUUCCUCCAAUUUCCUAAACACUGAAAUGUCAUCUUUAAAAACUAUUUUCAUCGCUUACAUAUUUUGCUAUUUAUUGGAGUGUUCUUUAAUCUUAGAGAAAGAUUAUUAUUUAUAAAACAUUUAAAAAUCACCUAUAGUUACUACUUUAUAUAGAAAUAACUCUAUUAAUGGUGUCCAUGUUUAAGUGUAAUCAGAUAUAAAUAUAUACUUCAUUCAAAACUUUUCUGAAUAGAUGCCUGUUUGACUGAAGUGUAGCACACACAUUUCUUUCUUACACAUGUAAAAGACCUUCCAAACUGUAGGUAACACUGCUUCCUUGCCUACCGAGCCCUUCCCCUGGCUCAAAAGAUACCUAGAAGAACUCCUCUUCCUUUUAAAAUCACUCUCUAUCCCCCUGUACAGAGGACCAUGCCCUGUAGUGGAAUGUAUAAUCCUCUGUAUUAAUUUAGGGUAAACAUCUUAUGGCACUUUUAGACCAACUAUUCCUUACUAUCCUUUUGAAUAAGAACAGGAAGAAUGACAUGUUCUAAUUCAGAAGAGGAUGUUUUCAUUAUUCUUAUAAAGAAUAGCUAAGCUCAGAACUUGCACUGAUUCUCCGUUUUAUUUGAAUUGCUGAAAUAAUCAUCUUAAUGAUAGAAGAAUUCAGAGGAAUGUAUUUAUAUUUAGCUUACUGGCACAUGUGCAUACCUAUUUGCUCUUCAAAUGAACAAGUGCUUUCUUUAGGCUGAUUUAUAUUUAUCGCAUUGGGCUUGAUUUCUCCCAUAUUCCAAUGAAGGUGUAAUUUUAACUCAUAGACUUGCCGAUAAACAAAAAUUACCCUUGUAUGCUUUCUUCCUUCCUUAUUCCUAGUGCAUCACAUGACCCAAACUUUUCUAUCUUUGAAAAUAUUCUAGAACUAGGGUCAGAGAUCACAAGUCAGAUGAUUCAGGUCUUUUAUGUAUAUCUAGGACUGGUUUUGAAAUUUGAGGGGCCCAGUGAAAAAUGAAAAUGUGGAGCCUGCUGUUCAAAAAUUAUUAAGAAAUUCAAGAUGGCAACAGCAGAGCAUUAAGCCAAGCACAAGACCCUUCUGAGUGUGGGGCACUGCACAGGUCACGAGCCCAUGCAGCUGUGUGUAUCUGAAUAAUGCCUUUAGUGCUCAGUUUUCUAUCUAGACCAUGUCUAUGUGAGUUCAGAUAAAGUGCCAGAUCAAAAUGUUCCUUCUGUUCAGACUGAAAUAUUUCAUUUCUGUGGCUGUACAUUAGGACUUAAAACACUGGCCCGUUGCUUUUGGACUGGAACUAUGACCAAUAAAAGUAAAAUAAAGCAGGUGUUUUGGACCUAGCCUCAGGUGACUGAUCAUCCUUGGUGAAAGUAGGAGGAGCAGACACAUUGUAGAUAAAAUUUAUCAAUUCCUAGAGGAAACUCUUGACUUUUAGCAAAGUAACUUUAUUAAAUAUAUCUUUCACAGGAAAUGAAUUUUUUAAAAGAAAAGUUAGAUAUAGGAAUUCUGCAACAUAAUUUGGAGGCUCUUAGUCCUAUUUAAAUGGAAAUUAAUUAUUUUUGAAAUGAGUCAAAAUAUAACUUAGUUUCUGGAGCAGACUCUGGCUUUUAUUUGGUAAGCUAGACUAUUUGUCACAAUUAAGAAAUCAAUUGUCAAUUAUGUUUUACAAUAUGAAGGAAAAAAAAUGAAAUAAAUUUGGAUUUUUAA